UAUAUGACCCUGGAUGAGUCUCAGCAACUGCAUUUACAAACAAAUAGUGGCUUAAACAAGGCCCCAAUCAAUGUAGGUUGAUAUUUAACUGUUUGCUGAGCAAGUGCCAAUCUUUCACUCUCAGGAAUUCUGCCAUCCACAGUCACUUAGUCGCUCCUUUUUUGGACAAGGCAGCAGAUUUUAUUCUAAUUUAAAUUUAAGGCAUUAUUUCCAGAUGAUCCUUUAAAGGAGAGAGUGACUAAGUUAGAGUGAAAGACCUGCAGACAAUACAGCAAAGAAACUUUAAAUAAAAGCCAACGUGAUUUCUUUCUUUUACAGUUACGUUGCAAGGAAAUGGACCUUCGUCUGACACUCCUGUUGAUCUGUCUCUGCAGCCAAGGAGUCACUAAUGGUGAGGUGGCAGACGGCGAGUCAAUCCCUUUGGUGCCUCUCGUUCCUUUGAUUCCCAGCCAACCCAUAGAGGAAGUAGAAAAUGAUAAUACACCACUACCAGAAAAGGCAUACACUACAGCGGCACCUGUAUUUGGAACAGCUGUAACUAGUAGGCCCGAUGGGGGCUCAUCAGCAGAUGUAGAAGAUAAAGACUGUCGGUCUAUCGGCAGAAGCCAAGAAUCCAGGGAGGCCAUUGCUGCUGCCAUUCAGAAAUUGGGUGUGCGGCUGCUGCAGAACCUGGAGACAACGCCAGAGCAGCCAAAUGUCAUCAUAUCUCCUUUCAGCAUAUCAUUAGCGCUCUCCCAACUGAGCUUAGGUGCAGUAAAUGAGACACUGGAGCUGCUGAUGCAUCAUCUCCAUGAACACUCUCUCCCCUGCUACCACGAGUCUCUGCAUAAUGUCUUAGUGCAACUCAGAAACAACGACCUGCAGAUUGCCACGCGUAUCUUCAUGCGCCAAGGGUUUCAUCCAAAGCAAGAGUUUAUUGAUGAAUCCCAGUGGUUAUAUGACUCAGAGCCAGCAGUCUUGGAGAGCCUGCAGCAGAUAAACGACUGGGUGGAGAACGCAACAAACGGAAAGAUGACUGACUUCCUGUCAUCUAUACCACCCAAUCUGCUCCUCAUGCUCAUUAAUGCUGUCCAUUUCAAAGGAGAGUGGAAGGCUCGAUUCGACCCGCGCUUUACCUCUAGAGGUGUGUUCUACCUUGAUGACAAACACAUGGUUGAUGUGGAAGUGAUGGAAGAUGCCAAACAUCCCUUGAGUUUAUUUACUGAUAAUGACUUGGAAGCACAGAUAGCAAGGUUCCCAUUCUUGAAGUUCAUGAGCUUGUUGGUGGUCAUGCCAACAUCUGGCCAGGUGAAUGUGUCUUCACUUUCUGAGAAGCUGAAUUUCUCAGAUCUGUAUAAUCGUAUGCCCGCGGAGAGGCCUGUUCAAGUUAAAGUCCCCAAAUUCAAACUGGAGUAUGCUCAAGAACUACAGGAGGUUUUGACCAAAUUAGGCCUCGGAAAGAUGUUUUCCAGUCCCAACUUGGCUGAGAUAGCAGACGGCCCCCUGCUGGUGUCCAGUGUGUUGCACAAGUCCAGCAUGGAGAUAAACGAGGAGGGUGCGGAGGCCUCUGCAGCCACCACCGUGAUUAUCUCACGGGCGUCCAACCCUGUCUUCCACCUGACUCAACCCUUCUUCUUCGCCCUAAUUGAUGAUCAGACUGAAGUGCCGAUCUUCAUGGGUGUCGUCAAUAAUCCAAAUCCUGAAGCUCCUGUCUUGCAGAGAGGAGAACCCGGAAGCAUGGAUAAAGUGGGAUACCCAAUUGAUAAGAAUAAUGUUGGCUCAUAUGGACGUCCACCUAAGUAGGGAUUAAUAUCCAUACUGCUGUCCCAGACCAAGACCUCUAUGAUUGUACAGAUUUAAUGUACAAUAUUACUUAGUUGGAUAAGAAUGUGUGUGUGUGAAAACAUGCUUCAUAUGUGUCUUUAUUAUAUCAUAGAAUAAACACACAAUCCCAGUAUACCACGUAAAAAAAAAAACAAAUAUUUCUUUUAAAUAUGUCAGCUUUGCUGCAUUAGAUGGCAUGUCCAGGUCAAGCAACUAAAAUUAUAAGAUUUAUAUUAGAUACAAGAAAUGGUUUGUUCCCAUAGUCAAAUCUGUUGUCAUCUUAGAAAUGAUUGAUUACAUUUUUUUUAAUUUCAAAAGGUGUUAAGAUGUAAGGUCAGUGUGACAGCAUUACUGCACCAUUUUGUAUGUAGUUGGAUUUUUAAAGAUGUCAUCUAAUGGGAUAAUAAAUUGAAUUUACUUAAAUCA